AAUUAAGAAUCGUAAGAAGAAUUCCAUUAGUUUCCGACAAGUUAGCCAGUAGACAUGGCUUGUGGGUGUUCUUCAACCGUAAUGGCAGAGAAGAUAUCUUGGUACUGUGCUCUGUUUCUGGCAGUCAUGCUGGUAUUGAGCUGCUGCGAGUCAGGAACAAGCGAGUUCGGGAAUAUUGAGGUGAUACCGGAGAAUGUGAUGAAGAAGGGGUGUGAUGAGAUAUAUGUGGUUCGUGUGGGAGAGACACUUCAAACCAUAAGUGAGAAGUGUGGGGAUCCUUAUAUAGUCGAAGAGAAUCCUCACAUUCAUGACCCAGAUGAUGUUUUCCCAGGAUUAGUCAUCAAGAUCAGUCCUUUCAGCAACCGAUGAGAUAACAGAGCAGAGUAGUCUCGAUCGUUAUUUCCCACCGGAGAAUGUUACAUGAAGCUGUACGAGGUAACAUGGCUGUACUUGCGUUUGUACGUAGGUUGGAGUACUUUUUAUGUAAAUAACUGCAGAUGGUUGAUGAGAAGUGAAGCUGAGCUGCGAGAAUUGAGUACAUCCCAUUUCUCGCGAAACAUAUCAAUAUCAUGUGUAAUUCCAGAACUUAGGACUGUGUAGAUUUGUUUGGUUUCUUGUUUUUUACGUUUGGGACGUCUCUGUGAAAUAUGGUCCUUUUGCAAGUUUUAUACUUUGCAGCGUGCAUAUGUCAAUGCAGAGCUAGCUUAUUCUUUUA